AUGAAGCUCUUCCAGCUCACGCUGCCCAACGAGCAGCACGGCAAGGUCGUGUCCGUGCUCCAAGAUGAGCUCAAGCUGGACAACGUCACGAGUGUCGAGGCGCGCACGUCGUCCAUCGUGACGUUCCGCGUGGAGGACGAGGAGAUGCAGGCGAUCCUCAACAAGCUGCAGCGCAUGGGCGUGGGCGUGCAGUUCGGCUUCUGCGACGUCAUGUCGCUCACGCCGGGCACCACCAUGCGCAAGCGCAGCCGCAGCAAGAGCAAGAAGCGCAACGUCGGCCGCAUCCUCGAGCGCAACACGGACGUGGGCACGGCCGUGCCGGUGGCGGAGAUGUACGCGCACAUCGAGGCCAACUCCACGCUCUCUCGGGACUCGGUGGUCAUGCUGCUCAUCUCCUCAUCCAUCGCUGGAAUCGGUCUGGCUGGAGACUCGGGGACCUACGUCGUGGCGUCUAUGCUGCUCUCGCCGAUGAUGGGCCCUAUUCUUGGCUGCGCUUUCGGGUUUGCUCUUCGCGACAAAAACCUUUUCAUUAACGGAAUGGUGAACGAGCUCUUCGCCUUGACGAUUACUUUCCUGCUGGGUAUAAUGAUCGGAGCUUUCCUGAGUCCAUAUGCGGUGGCGUUAAAUUGGCCCACGGGGGAAAUGCGUGAGCGAGGGCAAGCCAUUCAGUUGCUGUUUGGCGCAGUUGUCGCUGCUCUCUCAGGAACGGGCGUGGCGCUUGCUGAGUCGAACGCUAACAUUUCCUCCGUCGUCGGAGUUGCCAUUGCGGCGGCGCUGCUUCCACCCACCGUGAAUUGCGGGAUCUGCUUUUCAUACGUCAUGAUCGGUCAAUACUUUGUGUCGGAUGAUGUCAUCGGAGAAGAACAAAAGCUCGUAUUCUACGAAAUCGCCGUGGGCAGCCUGAUGCUGUUGUGGAUCAAUGUCGUCCUCAUCUACGUCACCGCGGUGCUCGUGUUCAAGAUCAAGAAGGUCGACCAAUUCCAACUGAUUCGCCGAAUUGACGAGGGAGCGUGGCAGAACUUGCCGCGUGUCCAGAGAUCGCCGGCCCACAGAAACGUUGGCGCAAACCAGCACUUCGAGCGGCGCGAACGCGUGGAGAGCAGUGGCAGCGCCAACAGCACUCGAGGGUUCCUCACGGAUGAAGAAGACUUUUCCCCUCCCGAACAAAAGGAGGCGCCGAAACUGGCACCAAUGCGUCGGCGACCGCAGCCGCUGUUGAAUAUGGACGAGAUGGAGCUCAACGGAGGCAAAGUCGAUGUGGUCUAA